AUGGAAGCAAGAAUACUGCGGCGAACACUCACAGACGAAUUCAAAAGGUUUUGGGAUGAAGACAAAUUGAUGAGAUCGGAGGCAACUCCUUCUCUUCUGUUGAAUGAUUCCUAUGAAGGAAGAGAGGAGCUUCCGUUGUCGAGUGCAGAUGUUUCCUAUCAACAAAUUUUGCAAAUGGCCAAUGUCAAUGAACCGAAUGUAGAAUUGUGUUUGGAUUUGUUGAGAGAGAAAAUUGUAUUGGAGGGAUUACCGAAAGAAACAUUGAAACACAAAAACUCGUUAUUGCUCGGAAAAUAUAAAGAAAAGUGUGAGGCUUGUACUUUAACGUUCAUGACCGAAAAGUGUGAUUACGAGAAGGUCCAAGAAUGUGAGGAACAGUUGAGAAAGGCCUAUUCCUCAGAGAAGGAAGUUUCGAAAGAAAUAUUACCUCGCCUUGAAAAUGAUUUAUUGAACGCUAUCAAAAAUUUUGAAACCAAACGAUUCAUGUAUGAAGAUGAAUGGGAUGAAGAGUCUGAAGAGAAAUACUCGGAAUGUAUCGAGUGUAAGAAAACAUUUAGAGAAAAUAGUAUUCGUAGAAAAGUUUGGCUAGCAUUGUUGAGAAUCAAACAAGUAGAUUUGGAUCACUAUAUUCAAUUGGUAGCCAAAGGUUCACAAGCAGAAGAUUAUGGCAGCUUUUUGAAAGAUAUCGAUCGUACCAUUGGCUAUUUUCCACACUUGGUGAGUGGGAAAAUUACGAAAAACAGACAAAAACUUCUCAAAGAUGAGUUAUUCAAAAAGAUGAAGAGAAUUAUCAACUGCUUUUUACUGACUCACGGUGAUCGCUAUUCGUUCAUUCAGGGAAUGACUGUAUUUUGCUCUUUAUUAAUACUUCACAUGAGUGAAAUUGAAGCAUACUAUUGUUUUGACCGAUUAUGCACAAAAGUCUUUCCUACCUACAUUAAUCCCAAAAAUUAUUCUUUACAAGAUUCAUCUGUGAAUGGCAUGGAAGGAGUCUACGCUGCUUGCAAUUUGGUGGACACAUUUAUACAAAUUGAUGAUCCAGAUUUAUUCAAAGUUUUUAACAAGAACAAAGUAACAGCUCGAUUUUGGGCAUUCAAGUACAUUUCUGUAUUCAUGUGUAGUGUGAUGGACAUUCAAAUUGCCACAGUGUAUUGGGAUUUCUUCUUGUCCACAGGUUUUCACAUGGUUGUUCUGUGUGUCUAUGCAGCUGUGAAAUUGAGGAGAGACGAAUUGUUGCGAAUGAAUGGAAAACAAGAAAAUUACAUCCAAAAUGAGGUCAUUCCAAAUGCCAAUCCACACGAAGUGGUGAGUGAAGUUUGCAAGUUGAUGGAAAGAGUGCCAAAACGAUUUUACAACGAUCUCGUGAAUCAUUUACAUGAUUUGGAUUUAUGUGUGCAAAUUUGUUCUACCCCGGUUAUUGACUCUAAAAAAUAG